GAUCCAAAACCCUCUCUCUCCCUCUCUCAAAAUUCCCAAUCGCCAGUUUUAGGUUUUCACGUGUCCAAUGGAUGAUUCUUUCUCUUAAUAGUACACCUAAUCCAGUUCCAUCCUUUUCUUUUGUGUUUGUGUUAUAAAAGAAAGAUUAAUCGAAAACCUUUUGAUUUUCUGAUCCAGAAAGAAACAAUUUUUAGGGUUUUGACAUAAGCAAAUAGUUUGCUAGAGGAGGGUUCAGAAGGAGAUAAUGCCUUCAAUGCCCAAUUUGGUUUCUUUAGUUCCUUAUUUGACACUAUUUCAUGGUGGAUUGUGUUCUCAUCGUUUGAAACAGCUUCAAAAGGGUGAUAGGCGUGGUAAUAUUAGUAGUUAACAUUACGUCUUUUUUUUUUUUACAAAAAAGAAAAGAAAUUUUAGCUUCAAAAUCUGUUUCUUUUUCGCUUUUUUUCUUCUGGGUUUUCGCUUUUGUUUUCCGGGUUUCUGCCAUUUAGCUGCAAUUUUCGAUAUAAAGAAGUCUCUUGUCUGAGUUACUCCGCAUCGAUAGAGAUCCUUACUAGAGGAUUUGGUUGGGCUUAGUUAAGAUUGAGGUAAGGGUUUGAUGGAUAUUAGCUCUGCUCGGGUUGAUGCUGGCGGUGGUGGUGUUCGGGUAGAUGAAAUUGAAAGCAGUUUUCGCAAGUUUGUGCAUGUGGAUGAUACUCGAGAAAGCUCUCCAUCUGAUGGAGAUGAUAACAGUGAUGAGGAGGGAUCUGAAGAACUUGAACCUUUCAGGCCUGAACCAGUUACAAAAUGUAUGGAAAAGUUUCCUGGUAAUUUGCUAGUGGAAGAAGAUGAUGAACCUGAAACAGCAAUGCAGCAACUGUCUUCUGAGGGACCCAUACAGCCUGCAGUGCUGCUUGUGUCUGCCAUGAAAGGCAGCCGAGAGAAACUGGGAGCAUCCCUUAGAAAACUGACUGUGUCAUGGGCACCUGAUGUAUAUGAUCCUAUUCCUAAUUCCUUAUCUCACACUGUGAAAAGCAAGCAGAAGAAGUCUAAGAAAGACAGAGACAGAGAUAAAGAAAGCAACAACUACAAGAAAAAUGGAAAGAGAGGACAAAAGGGCAAUUCGCGAGGAGGUGGUGGUAAAGACAAGAAGCAACUUCGCAAAGCUGGUGGGAGGUCUGAUAGGGGUUAUAAAACUCUAAGUAUCUCUGAGUCUCCUGAUAACCUUGAUGAGUUUAAUGUUGGUAGCCCAGACUACUGUGGAAGUAGCUUCCUUAAGAAAUCCCCUGCAAAUUUUCAUUACUCUGUCGCAGAGGCCUUGUGAAGUCGCAUCUUUCAGACGGCUGGUCUCAUAUCUGAAGCCUUUGUGAAUAAAUAAAUUAACUAGGAAUAAACAUUUGUAGAUCAGAUGUGCUCUGCGAAUUUUAGCCAUUAUUUUGUUGAUGCUUUAACCAUAUGAAUUGUUGUAUCUGAGGUGCCGAUGCUGGUGCUUGUCCUGCUUAUGCAACAGUAUUCAAAUAUGAUUUGGCUUGUGAUAACGAUCAGUUACUUUCGCUGUUUAUAACAACAAUUUUCAUUUGA